CCUAGAAAAACCAUACCGCUUCCAGCGUCUUCAUCUCGGCUGCCUCCGACGCUCUUCCUCCAUCGCUGCCGGCCGGAAUUUCCUGUUAACCUCGCGAAAAUGGUUCUUCCAAAUGAUGUUGACUUGUUGAACCCACCAGCUGAGCAGGAAAAGAGAAAGCACAAGCUCAAGCGUUUGGUUCAAUCUCCUAACUCUUUCUUCAUGGAUGUGAAGUGCCAGGGUUGCUUCAACAUAACAACGGUGUUUAGCCACUCGCAGACAGUGGUGGUGUGUGGUAACUGCCAGACGGUCUUGUGCCAACCAACUGGUGGACGUGCUAGACUCACUGAGGGUUGUUCUUUCAGGAGAAAGGGAGAUUAGAGAAG